AGAAGGGUAAAUGUCAGUGGUGGUGUGUGGGUGGGGCAAAGAUGUGGACUUUAGCCCCAAGGUUUUGAAACCACUCCUUGUGUAGGUAGGUGGCUGUCAAAGAAGUUAAAGUCAUCCUGAAUACCCCACAGGAACCAACUGGGAGCGAAACGAUACUUAGAAACAUAGGAGGUACACCGAAGAGGCCGUCAUGCCACAACUGGAGAAAGAAAGUGAUGCGGUCGGAGACGAGUCUAGAAAAACCGAAAACAGUCAGAGUCGACUAUCACGGGGAAUAAAGAAGAGGGUGUGCACUACGUUUGUGGAAGAUGCAAGCAGUAAAGGGACGUGUCAGUGUGGAGCUGAACAGGAGCUCCAUGGGGCCAUAGCCACACGGGACUAUUUCAGUUCUGCUAUGGUGUGUCAGUGGGACAGUGCCCUGCACACCUCCGAGUAUCCCACUGAUGCCUUUGGAGAGCUUAAGUUUGCCGGGGCUGGUCACAGACACAGUCAUUUUAUACGCCUGUCCUGUGACACUCCAGCUAAGAUCGUCUUCGAUCUGAUGACUUCAGACUGGGGGCUGUCGGCACCGAACCUGGUACUGUCUCUGGUGGGUGGGGGUCAUGAAAAGGUCAAAGGUUGGGUUCGAGAGGUUCUGAGGAAGGACCUGGUGCGAGCCGCCCAGAGCACAGGGGCCUGGAUCAUGACCAGUGGGCUGAGCGAGGGCGUAGGUCGCUGUGUGGGUGAGGCAGUGAGGCACCACAGAGCUGCUGCCUCCUCCCCUUCCCACUCCAAAGUCGUGGCCUUGGGUGUCGCCCCCUGGGGGCUGGUUUGCAAUCGGCAACAGCUCGUCAACCCAAAGGGUAGUUUCCCAGCGAGAUAUUAUGUUCAGAACACAUCACAGGACUCCCUCUACUUGGAUAAAAACUACCAGGGCUUCCUCCUGGUGGAUGAUGGUAGCGUAAACCGUCGAGGUGGUGAGAUGUGCUUCUUAACUAACCUGGAGGACUACAUUUCCCAUCAGCGAACUGGAAUAUGGGGCAGUGGUAACAUUGAGAUCCCUGUGAUGUGUUUGCUGGUUUCCGGGGAGGCUUCAGUGUUGAAGAGAAUGGAUGCUUCCCUGAAGAAAGUGACACCAUGGUUGGUGAUGGAUGGGUCAGGUCCAGCAGCUGAUCUGAUCACAGAGCUCCUGAGUGACCUGAACUCUACAUCGCCCCCUGUGCAUGGGGAGGGCUCUAACACUAGAGAGAGCUCUAAAGCUGAGCUUGGAGACAGAGUGCGAGAGAUGAUCAAGAGACACUUCCCCUUUGAGAAAACAGUUGAGGAGCUAGUGGACCAGGCUCUGAGCAUCUAUCAGAAUAGAGCCUUAAUCACUGUAUUUCAUGGUGAUCAGGAUGGCUCCGAUGAUUUUGACAAUGUCGUUCUAAAAGCUCUGGUGAGAGCCUGUAAACAGGUAAGCAGUAGCACCAGGGAAUACACUGAGGAAUUGAAGUUGGCUGUAGCCUGGAACAGAGUGGACAUUGCCAAAAGCGAGCUCUUCAAUGGCGACAUCCAGUGGAAGUAUGAUGAUCUGGAGGAGUCCAUGACAGAUGCUCUGGUGAACAACAAGCCCCAGUUUGUUCGCAUCUUCACAGAAAAUGGCCUGAACGUCCUGGACUACCUGACGUUUGAGCGUUUGGAGAGUCUGUACCAGUCGCUGCCGGACACCUUGGUGUACACGCAGCUGCAGACGUACCUGAGCGAAAGGAAAAGUCCCUCCACCUCACACCCCACCCAGUCGCCUGGGAGCAAGUCCAGCAUACCCCUACUGGGGCCUUCUAGUGGCCAUGGAGUCAGCCUGUUUGAGGUUUCGCGGUUGUUAGGGGACAUUUUCGGAGGUGUAUGUCAGCCUUUUUAUUAUACAGUCCUGGGACUAGAGCCAGGAGCAAGUUCAAGGAAAGCUACGCGGCACGUGACCAAGCUCCUGCAAGGUGAAUGUGCAUAUCGCUACCAGAAGUGCACCUACCCCUGGACCUCCCUCUUUAUCUGGGCUGUUCUGCAGAAUCGCAGUGAGAUGGCCAUUUUCUUCUGGGAGAUGGCAGAAGAGUCUGUGUUGAGUGCUCUGGGUGCAUGUAAGAUUCUGAGAGAGCUUUCCAAGCUGGAGGAUGAGGCAGAGACGAAGCAAUCCAUGAAGGAUUUGGCACAGACGUUUGAGAAUCUGGCCCAUGAUGUGUUUUCUGCCUGUUACCAGAGCAGCGAGGAAAGUGCCUUCACUCUCCUCAUAAGGACCUCCCAAAGGUGGGGCGGAGUCACCUGUCUGCAGAUGGCUGUGGCGGCUGAUGCCCGCUACUUCUUCAGCCAAGAUGGUGUGCAGAAUCUGCUGUCUCGGAUCUGGUGGGGAGACAUGAGCAGCAGGACGGAGGUGUGGAGGCUGGUCAUGUCCUUCUUCCUACCUCCCCUCAUCUACACCAACCUCAUCACCUUCAGGGAAAAUCACAGCAGACACACAGACAGCCUGCAAGCACCAAACAUGGGAACCUUCAAUAUGGAUGACAUUACCCAUGCCAUGGAGGAAAACGGUGCAUCUCAACAUGCUUCUCCUUCUGAAAAUGUGGGCGACAAAGAAGCAGACACUGCGGCCAUUCCUCUUGCUGAUGUCUCACACGUUGAUGAGGAUGUUGAAGACUGUGCUAUUCUAAAAGGAGAUCCCACAGAAUCGGAUCAUGCUAUUCCAAAAUAUCCUUUCAUAUUCCAUCGAUGGCAGCAGUUCUGGUUUGCCCCAGUUACUUCAUUUCUAGGCAAUGUGCUCAUGUACUUCCUCUUCCUCUUCCUGUUUGCUUACACACUACUGGUUGAAUUCAAGCCUCCACCUCCAAAUGGCCCCGCCCCCAUAGAGUAUGUUUUGUACUUCUGGGUGUUUACUCUGGUCUGUGAGGAGAUUCGACAGUCUUAUAAUGUAGGUGGUACAAGUUUCUCUCAGAGUAUGAAGUUAUACAUCUCAGACUGGUGGAACAAGUGUGACCUUACAGCCAUCAUACUAUUCUGUCUUGGGCUCAUCUGCAGGAUGUUCCCUGGGUCCUAUGAGUUUGGGCGUCCAGUGCUGUGUGUGGACUACAUGGUCUUUGCUCUUCGUCUAAUUCACAUAUUUGCUGUGCAUAAGCAGCUUGGACCCAAAAUCAUCAUUGUUGGCAAAAUGGUGAAAGAUGUGUUCUUCUUUUUGUUCUUCCUGGGAGUCUGGCUAAUGGCUUAUGGGGUAGCCAAUCAGGCGUUGUUAUACUCUUAUGACCCUAGACCUUAUUGGGUCUUUCGUAGAGUCUUCUACAGGCCAUAUCUGCAUAUCUAUGGACAAAUACCACUGGACGAAUUAGAUGUUCUAAAGCGAGGAGAGAAAACAUGUACAAACAAUGUCAGCCUUAUCCAGCAGGGGGCGGAACCGUGUCCACAGUCUGAAGCUAACUGGCUUGUCCUCAUACUGUUGUCCAUAUACCUCCUCGUCACCAACGUGCUUUUACUCAACCUGCUCAUUGCCAUGUUUAGCUACACGUUUAAUAAGGUCCAGGAGAACAGCGAUGUCUACUGGAAGUUCCAGCGCUACAACCUGAUAGUGGAGUAUCACUCCAGACCCUGUCUGGCCCCGCCCCUCAUCAUCAUCUCCCACCUACACCUCUUCAUCAAAAGGAUCAUUCUCAAAAAACCCUCUCUCAAGAUCAAACACUUCAUGUUGAAGCUUCAUGGUAUGAAGGCCAGUAGGUUGAACACAUGGGAGUCUUUGCAGAAAGAGAACCUGCUCUCAACACGAAGCAAAAAGCUGCGUGAUAGCGACACGGAGCGGCUGAAACGCACCUCUACCAAAGUGGACAACGUGUUGAAGCAGAUGGCUGAGAUACGAGACCAUGACCGCAGGUUACGAGUGUUGGAGUCCCAGCUGGAGUAUUGCUCUAGCUCCCUCUGCUGGAUAAUGGAGGGGCUAACACAGAGUAACAUGAUUAAAUCGACUCAUCCGCGUCCUGCUCACAGAGACGUGAACUUGACCUCCUACUCUUCAACAAGCUGAGGGAGCAGUGAUCAGAACAUCUUAAAGACUACAGACCACAUCCACGUGCCCACAAGCACAUGCAUGUAUUGAUAUCCAGGCUCUGGUCAACAGAGAAAAAGGGGCACAAUUCUGGGACAAUUCUGGUCUUUCCAUUUCACUUUUAUAAGCAUUAUGUCUGAUCAUCUCCUGGUUGUUUUCCUGUCAAGAUCACAUCUAAAUUUAUAGACCAUAUUCUUGUUAAAA